AUGCCAGAAAUGAACGGCAAGGUUGCCAUAAUAACUGGAGGUGCUGACGGUAUUGGAGAGGCCUUGGCCAACGACUUCUUGAACCGUCAAGCGAAGGGAGUGUUUAUUAUCGACAUCAACGAGAAGAAGGGACAAGAAACGCUAAACUCUCUUAAAGAAAAGCACGGCGCUGGACGAAUUCAAUUCCGAAAAUGUGACGUCAGAAACACAGAUGAACUUGAAGCUGUUUUCAAAGACUGCUUGGACCAGUAUGGUCAAUUAGAUAUUGUUUGUAACAAUGCAGGUAUUCUCAAUGAAUAUACACGUAAACUGAUGAUAGAUAUCAACUUGACUGCUGUCAUAGAAGGAACAUACCUUGCCGUGAAAUACAUGGGAACACAAAAUGGCGGAAAAGGAGGUGUUGUAGUCAAUAGUGCGUCAAUAUCUGGUUUGCGUCCCCAGCGUUUAGCCGCUGUAUAUUCAGCAAGCAAGCAUGGAAUUGUUGGAUUCACACGAAGUGUGGCGUUUGAGCCAGACGUUGUAAGCAAUGGAGUUCGUGUUGUUGCUAUAUGUCCGAAUCUUAUCGACACAACACUGGUUCCCAUUGCCUUGGAGAAAGGGGUGAAAUACACAAAGGAAUUAAAACAAGAUAUAACAGCCAGGCCAGUACUAAAGUUAAGUGACGUCACAUCGACAGUGGUAUGCCUUAUUGAAGACGACAGUGCGAAUGGAACAACUAGACUUAUAAGAGUCGGUAAAGAUCCAGAAGACAUAUGCCCCCCAAAUAUCGAAUAAUCGAUUGAAUGGUUCUCAGUUGGAUGUUUCACCACACCAUAUGUUUCCAUUAUGUUUUAAUUUACAAAUAACAUAUUAACUUUUUGUAGUUUCUUGUUUAAACAUGCAACAUACAUGAUAAUGAAUACUUACUUGUAAAGUGGUAAUAUCCAUUGACGGCGAAAUGCUCCAAAAUACUGUUUAUUGUAAAUGGCCACG